AUGAAUUCAGAGGGGUACUCAGAGACAGAUCGACGGCAGCAGAGGCGCGAGUUUCGAGCGGUGGUGGAGGGGAAGAAACGAUUUGCGUCGAGUCAAGAUGUGCUGGGCAUGUUCGUUGGUGCUUUGAGCGGGGUGUUUGGGCAGGAUGUGCUUCCAUCGACGCUUCAACCAUUCGCACCGUGUUCGACAAGCUCAUCGUCUUGUGGUGCCAAUGUAGACGUGCUGCUGAUCGAAAGCGUACAGGAGGCACUACUGUGUCGAAUCGUCGUGGACUGGGUUGACGCGAUCGAUGCGACGCAACUGGACGAUCUUGUGGAUCUCUGCAUAUUCGGUCCUCCCGCACUUACGCAGCAAGGUCUCGUGCAGCAAUGUGCUCUACGAACACUUUCUCGACUCCUCUCAUCUGCCAACAACCAUCCUUCAACCAGCGAGCGACUAGUGUCACUGUGCACGCGUGCGCUGACGCGUCUCUCACUCAAAUCGCUCAUCGCCGCAGCGAAAUCACACCCGAACCCGGCAAGAUCCGACGUGGUGUGGUCCGAGACACUCCGCCUGGUCACCUCGAUUCCCGAACGACUGGCUAACGCCACCAAGGGAACCUCAGCACUAACGAGCCACAUGUGGCUGCAUCACGUAAUGGUACGAGGUUUAGUACAUUGCCUCAGCCUCGACAACGCCGACCUGACGCGGCUCAGAGAUGUACUUGUGCGGCUCGAUCGGUUGGGCUACCUCGCUCGAGCGAUCGAUGAACAAGAGUGCGGCUUUUGGCUGGCGUUCUUGCGCUCCAGCAUAGAGCAUCGAGAAGCGACACCAAAGUGGGCCGGCUUAAGGCAGGGAGUGCACAGAGAUCUGAGAGUCAAGUUGGACUUGCGGUUAGUCGAGACGCUGCAGUGGUUGGUAGCAAAGAAAGAGAACGGUGUCGUCGAGCUCGUGACAAUGCACGAGAGGCGGAGCAAGGGAAGCGAGGGCACGAUGUUCUUGGGUAAACGAUCACAGGAGACGGUCGCUGCGAUAGCACAUAUCUUGGUAGUUCUCCUCGGCCAACCUGCCGACUCCGAGGUGGAGAGCGCAUCCGACUCUGGACUUGGUACAGACGAAGACGAGGAUGACGAUGACCAUUUCGAUUCACGUGUGGUCUCCACAUUUUGCAGAAUCGCACUAUCGCCCAUUGACCAAUCUCCGCUCCUCGCCUGGAGCUGGUGCCGCUACCUCUGGCGUUGUACCCCAGCAUCACUGCUCCACUGUCUCGAAAUGACGCUAUCAGUAUGGGCCGACAGCACGAGAGUCCAACGAUCCACGAUGCAGCAACAGGCGUUCCUGUCGACGCUCAUCGUAUGUCUACUCUCAUGCAUAACUUGGUGCGCUUCCUCGGAGCACGCCGACGACGAGACCGCAACAAAGCUCUUUGCGAUCGCCCGAUCAGGCUCGGUACUCAACGGUGUCUCGAUUCACCUCGAACACUCGGAUCCGGCCAUGCGCAGGUCGGGCAUGCUGAUAGCCGAAGUGCUGAGUGCCAAGACGAUCUCAGUGGGCGGCAAAUCGUUGAAUUUCGGCAGCGGCAUUUGGAACGGUAGUGGUGGAUGGAGGGAGGAGGCGAGAGUGUUGAGAGCGUUGAGCGAUGCGUGGAUCGUGCACGAGCGUGCAAUCGAGGUGAUUGAAGGUGCAUGGAAGGGCGAUGAUUCUAGUCAAGCGUUACAGGUGGUUGGGGUUGGAACGAAGGAGGCGGAUGAGGACAAGGUGGUAGUACAGAAAGCCAAGCAAGGCAAGCAAGUCGCGAUGAUGUGGACAAAGUCGAAGCCGACAACGCGAAGGUUGCCUGAGCGGGUUGGGGCGCCGUCUCGUAGCGGCACAGGGAAAGGGGUCACUGUGCGACCGUUAAUCACGAUGAUCGGCAGCGAUGACGACGACGAUGGGCUCAUCAAUGCGGAUCAAGGGCUACGGGACACGACGCAGACAAGCACUCGGGUGCCACUUCUCAAGAUGUUCUCUUCAUCACAGAGCACUCGAACCGACAUGGCUAGCGGCUGCAACAGCUCCACUGACGACUCGGAUAGCGAUGCUGCAUCCGGUGAUUCUGACUCGCACUCGAUCCACCGCAUCGCGGCGUCGCUCAGCGGGCUCUCGACUAACGAGGCGUCUUCGGUUCUCAACUCGCAAUCUGCGCAUUCACGCCAAGCUCGGCGGUCCGAACGACAAUCCGAUGCGGCCGACUUGACGCAUGAUCCGGAAUCUCACGCCGCGCAAUUCACCUCCAAGAUUCCGAUCCCCGUGUACGUCUCGCAACUCUCGCCGCUUCUGCGCUCAUCCACGCGCGCGCAGAUCCGACUUGCGCUGCACCAUGCUGCAGCGCUCAUCCGUCGCAAGUCGCACACGCACGUGUUCGGCGCCGAGGUGCGCGAAAACGCGAUCGAUCUAACGCUGAGCCUGGUGAGCCUGCACGACAACUUCGGCAUCCGCGGUUUCGAGGCGAUGAGGAGACAAGCGCUGGUGGAGCUGGCUACGGCAGAUGCGCAAGUGGUGGUGACGGUAUUGGUAGAGCAGUGUGUGGGUGCACAGUACAGCGAUGUGCAGCGCACGGCAAUGUGGGCGGCCAUCGCGCAGAGUGCGGUGCGCUUAGCAGGCGGCCAGAACGACGUAUGUGGAGAACAGAUUCAUGUGAGCGCAGACAAGGUGGUGGCGUCAGUGAUCGACAGGGCGAGGCAGGUGGGCGAACAGAGUGUCCCACAAUUGCGACGCGAGAAGCAACUUUCCGUCACCCCGUCGAGCAGCGCGACCAAGUGGGUGCAACCGUUGGAUUUGCAGAAUGCGGUCACUUUGCGCAGCGCUGCCGAGGACAGCAAGCAAGAAUGGACACGUCUCGCCGGACCUACCUACUUGUUCCCCCUGCUGAACCGUCUUGUUGCGUACCAAACAUACCAUAGCUCGCUCUCCACCACCAGCUACCGCGGAGCAGGUACAUGCUCGCUAUUCAACACCACCACCUACUCGCUUCUGCUAGACACGCUCACCCUGCUCGUCUCGCUCUCUCCCACCCACGUCGUCGUCCAAGCGACGCCGCUCCUGCUCGAGCUGCUCUCUUCUCUCACACACGAUACCGGCUCGGUCCAAACCGCUUCGGCGCUCGCUCUCCUCGCUACCACACUCGACCGAUCGCUCGAGUCGUCUGACGCGGACCGCUCGUUCCUGCAAGACCAACCCAGCAUGCACAGCUUGAGACGCUUGUUGGAGCAUGCACACGCCGUGUUUGCGUCGCAGAAUCGUGCAAGUGCAAUGCAUCCCGCCACUGCCAACGCCGGACUACAUUCAAGCAUCGUCGCAAGGGCAGCAGCCGUAUUGCUGCUGAUCGAUCGAUUCGACAGCCGGAGACACGACGAGCUGAGACGCUUGAUCGGCUUUGCACCUGCUUGA